UUUACAUCCAAAGACCCAUCAAGGCUGCAACCAGAGAACCUGCCCAAGUAUUCUUGUCCGGACCUGGUGUCCCACAGUGGCUUCUGGGCAAAAGCGCUGCCAGAGGAACUCUCAGAAGAGGGAAACAUCAUCUCGUUUUGGGUAGACAAGAAAGGCAGAGUUUUCUACAAGCUCAAUGACUCUAACUCCACGCUGUUUUUCAACGGCGUACGUAUCUGUGAACCUCUCUGGGCUCUCAUAGAUGUCUAUGGUCUCACAAAGGAGAUCCAGCUACUAGACACUGAGAUGGUCGCGGUAAACUGCAUGCGCCCUCGUUCUUUUACCUCAGAGCGCCGAACCCCGACUCAGCGGAAGAGCCACGACCCCCGCCUCUCCAUCAGUAUGUGUGACCUGAGCCUGCGGGACAUGCAUCUGGACGACGAGGACGAGGAAGAGGAGCAGCCCUUCAGCCCCACGUCCUGCCACGUGCCCCAGAACUGUCAGAAUCUACAGCAGUGCUUGCUGCUACCCGGCCACUUGGACUCUGACGUGCACUUUCACGACGUGCACGGAAUCCACGUCACUAAGCUGGAUAAGCACAUCGUGGCCCGGUUGAAUCACCGUGGAGACGAGCGGACCCUGGUGUUCACCAGCAGGCCGCUGUACUGCUCAGAGAGCCUGUAUAUGAAGGUAAAGGUGGGACUCCCUCAUGCCAGGUGUCUUUCUUACGGCGUCACUUCCUGCGACCCCGCCACCUUGAGGCCCAGUGAUCUCCCAUGCAACCCAGAGUCCUUGGUCGACCGCAAGGAAUUCUGGGCCGUGGGUUGGGUGACAGUGCCGCUCCAGAGUGGAGAUAUUUUGGGCUUUGUGGUGAAUCCAGCUGGGGAGGUGAUGAUGAGCCACAAUGGAGUCAGGACGGGGAUGCAGCUGUGUGUGGAUAACUCAAGACCACUUUCAAUGUUCUUCGGGCUUCACAGCACCACCACUCAACUCAGGAUUUUAGGCUCAUCAAUGCAUUCCAACCUUCGAGGCUCGUCGGCGCCCAGCUCCCCAACGUGCGAGCUCAACGCCCCCCCGAUGCUCUGCAACCAAAACGCCAACCUCAACAAUCCACAGAAUAUGAACCUCAAUGCAAGACUCAACUCCAACCAGCACGCUUUCUUUCCUUCCUCCCCAGGCACAAUCCCAAUUUCUCCGUCCUCCAGCGCUCCGGAGUCUCCCACGCCCCCGUCAUCCCCCGUCUUAUUGGCCGACGAUUGUGCCAUCUGUUACGAGAACGCGGUGGACACCGUCCUGUACGCCUGCGGACACAUGUGUCUGUGCUACACCUGCGGCCUCAAGCUCAAGAUGACCAACGCAACCUGCCCGAUCUGCAGGAGGACAAUCAAAGAUAUUAUCAAGAUAUACCGAAAUGCGUAAACUCGGGGUUUAUUUUAGACAAAGUCCAGCCUCGCAAAAGCUUUUGUUAAAGCCUUGAAAAGUAAAAGGAAGUGAGAUCCA